GAAAGCGGUGAGGACAGCGGAAAACAAGCCGGCAAAGACCAGGAGUGUAUUGAUUUCAUUCCGCCAUCGUUCUGCACGGUCCUUUUCGUAGGUCCACGCUGUAUCUGCUAACUUCAGCCACGCGUCUGGCGCUGUUUCCGGGUCUCGCGGCUUCAUGUACUUCUCGAAUACUCUGGACAAGGCGGCUUCAUCCAUCACGGCCGACGGUGCUUGCGCCUCCAGCGGCUUCAUGAACUUCUCAAAACCUUGGACAGAGCCGCUUCCAAGUCCGGCUGCGCGAUCGUAUUCGUCGCUGAGUGGUCUGCUGGUGACGAAUCCUUUACUCCAUCGGCAUCCGGCAACUCAUUCGGACCCUUCUCAUCUGGAGCUGCAGGCGUGGUGUUAUGGGGCGACGAGGAGGCUCCUGCAGUUCCCGCGCCGACCAGGUCGGAUUCCUGUGUAUACAGGUAAGUGUUCCUGUCGCUGUUUAAUUCUGCUGAUACUAAUUAACUCAGCUCCAGAGCCGCCGGUUGCCCUAGAGCCCGUUCGACAGAUGGCAAUAUUCGGUGACGACGUCGGAUUGGGGUUGGGAGUCUUUGCUUUGUCUCCGGAAACCGAGGGCACCGGCGAUCUCUCGGGUGCGCUCAUGACAGCGUCGGAUGGUGUUCAGUCUAGCGUAGAGAGACGGACGUAGGCGGAGAGAGUGAGAGGACGUGGCAGGGUGAAAUAUAGCUACGUAUGGCGGACUUGGUCGC